GGCUCGGGCCGUGUGUGAGGGGCGGAGCCGCCACCGCUCGUGACUGAGGCGGUGCAGAGGGUCCACAGCCGAGACUCCGCCGCGGCCGCUCCACGGUUGAAGGUUUGGAAUCUGCUAACAAAUUGAAACCCAACUUCUGCUCAUCACAUUGCAGUGCAUGGAAAUCUAAGACUCCUCUGGAAGAAUAGCAGAAAAUUUUGAAGAACUGCAGCUGCCAUUUCUGGUGAACAGGAGACGGGCAAGAACGCUCUGGCCACAACCAUGUCAGGCUCAUAUGAGGAUUCAGUUGUGAUUGAAGCGCCCAGUGACAGCUUCUGGGAGGUUGGAAACUAUAAGCGUUCAGUGAAACGGGUUGAUGAUGGUCACAGACUGUGCAGUGACCUAAUGAACUGUAUCCAUGAGCGUGCUCGGAUAGAGAAAACAUACUCUCAGCAGCUGACGGAAUGGGCCAAGAGGUGGAAGCAGCUCAUCGAGAAAGGACCACAGUAUGGAACCGUGGAAAAGGCCUGGAUAUCUGUAAUGACUGAGGCCGAAAAGGUCAGUGAGCUGCAUCUGGAGGUGAAGGGAGCUUUGAUGGGCGAGGAUUUUGAGAAAGUCAAGAACUGGCAGAAGGAGGCGUACCACAAACAAAUGAUGGCAGGGUUCAAAGAAACCAAGGAGGCAGAUGAUGGAUUCCGUAAGGCACAGAAACCUUGGGCUAAAAAACUAAAGGAGGUGGACGCUGCCAAGAAGGCGUACCAUGCUGCCUGUAAAGAAGAGAAGUUUGCAACCUCCAGGGAAUCGACCAGCAAGAAUGACCCAAACAUGAAUCAGGAACAGAUGAAGAAACUGCAGGAUAAAGUGGAAAAAUCCAAGCAGGACAUGCAAAAGACAAAAGAGAAGUAUGAGAAGUCCCUAGAGGAGCUGAACAAGUCCACACCUCAGUACAUGGAGAACAUGGAGCAAGUCUUCGAGCAGUGCCAAGUGUUUGAGGAUAAACGGCUAUGCUUUUUUCGAGAUGUUCUUCUUGAGGUCAAGCGGCAUCUUGACCUUUCAAACAGCACCAGCUAUGGCAAUAUAUAUCGAGAGCUAGACCACAGUAUAAAGUCAGCAGAUGCCCAGGAGGACCUCAAAUGGUUUAAAUGUACACACGGUCCGGGAAUGCCCAUGAACUGGCCGCAGUUUGAGGAUGAAGAAUGGUCAGCUGACCUGAACCGCACACUCAGUAGGAGGGAAAAGCCUAAAAAGGCUGCGGAUGGAGUAAUGCUGACUAACAUCAGUCAGACAGGGGAUCCGGCAUCUCAGCGAACCAAGCACAGCAGUCCUAGUGUCCGGAGUACCACUAGCACGAUACGCUCGAAUUGUAACCCGUUUGAAGAAGAGGAGAAUGGCAAUCCUGUUGAUGAAAAGGAGAACUCUAUAACCCAAAAUGUUAGCAGCUAUGAAAAGAACCAAAACUACACGGAAUGGUCAGACGACGAGACCAACAAUCCCUUCAACACCAACGAUACAAAUGGGGAUAAUAAUCCUUUCGAUGAGGACCACCCAACAGGCUUGGAGGUCCGAGUGCGAGCACUGUAUGAUUACGAAGGGCAAGAACACGAUGAGCUUAGUUUCAAAGCAGGGGACGAACUGACGAAGAUAGAAGAUGAAGACGAGCAGGGCUGGUGUAAGGGACGUCUGGACAGCGGGCAAGUGGGCUUGUAUCCCGCCAAUUACGUUGAAAUCAUCCUGUGAUGUAGGGUGCACCCCAAGAAGAAGUGCAGCAAAUUGGCAUUUCAGUGUACAGUUACAUCAAUUUAAAAUGCAAAUGACGUAUUGGUGUAGAGAAUGUACAUAUUCGUUAUGUCAGGCAUUAUGGUUUUUCGGUAUCUUCACUUUGUGGUGAUGCUUUGCGAGCUAGGACAAGAGGGGUCUACUCUUUGAGGUUUUUUUUCUCGCUGCCUUCAUCCAAACAGGGCAACAAAAAGUGCAUUGAGACAAGGUCCGCCUUGUAUCCCAGCUGAAGCUUAGCGGCCGGGGCACACUGGUGACAUCGGUUGUAACGGUUAUCUGCCACAGUCAUGGCUGAGGCAGCUCGUAGACGAAAGGAUUGUAAAAAUUGAUCUAAUAAUUUACCUGGUGUGACACUCUACAUGCUAAUUUUUUUUAAUGUUUGUGACAAGAUCCAUGCCUUAUUUCAGCCAGGAUGUGUAUUAUUUAAGUGACAUCUUUUUAGGUUUCAAGUGAUCUUGUCCUCAUGAUCAGAUUUCUAGUUUUUUUUUAAAAAAAUAGGACUUUGCCUUUAUUCCAUUUUAGUUUUAUUUUGUCACAGUAGCUCCCUGUUAGAAAUACUCAUUCCUUUUGAUGUGAAUAAGGUGUUAUCUGGGGAACUCCAUACCAUGCUUUAAUUUCUCCCAUUUCUUACCCCCAUCCAAUUAACCCCACUCCCGCACCCCCCCUCCUCCCCCACCACCAUAUGGUGCAUGUUUGUUCAGACGUUGGCACUUACCCUUAUUUCAAGAUCUUGUGCAGCUUCAUUGUGCUUCCUGAACUAUAUAGAGCCUAAAUGCAUGCACUAAGCACGUCAGUAAAACACUGGGAAGGGUUUCUAGUUUAAUACUGCUACAAAGAUUGUCUGUUGCAGUAGAAAUAUUGAAUAUGCUGUGGAAGCAAGACUAUUCUGUAUUCUAAGAUCCGUGGAUUUUAUUGUGGAUACAAAAAUAUAUUUCUGUAUUUUUUGACUUAAGUGCUACAAUGUUCAGAAGGGUUAUAUAGGGGAGGGGGAGGGCAGAAAAACUAAUUGAGGAGCAACCGAAAACUGAGGACGUUGAUCAGAGUGUUCACCAUUUGUGUCUCGUUGUUAACUCCUGUCACUCGAGACCCAUGAUUUCUCGAGUAACCGGAGGAGCCGGCUCGUGAAAGGUUUGGAAUAUCUGCACUAGAUUACCAACUGGAAUGCUAAUGUUCAUUGGAUCGUAAGCGCCCUUUACGGCAGAGACUAAAUACUCCUUGUACGUAAUGAAAAUUCAACACGAAUAAAAGAUGAUUGAUAAACAAG